AUGGUUCUCUCGAACGACCUCGCUGCCCUCGUAGGCUUCGCUUCUGAAGCCGUCCUCUGGGGGUUCUACUUGGCACUUUUCUCCGUUUCUGUGAUCUUGCUUGUCCGCCGGGCCCCGACGCGUGGCUUAAACGCGCCGAUCCUCGCUCUCAGCUGUGCACUGUUCGCUUCGUGUACCUCUCACUUUGUGCUUGAGUUCUACCAUUUCGUGACUACUCUCCGGGACAUAGGCAUCGAAGACUAUGCCAGCAAAACGACGCAGCUCGUUGGCGCCGAUAUUCUCAUCUCCGUCUGCGACGUUCUUGGAGACUUCAUUAUGCUUUACCGCUGCUGGGUCAUCUGGGACAGAAAAUACUGGGUGAUUUUCUUGCCUUUCCUCACCGCAAUCACCGGCUUAUCAUGCAUCAUAACACUUAUGUACCUCGUCCUCACGCUCGACCCGUCCGCACCCUUCGCCCCCGCAGGGUUUGUUCAGCUUGGACUAGCGGGAUACACACUCCCGCUCGCGACGAACGUGCUCACAACCGCACUUCUCGUCUCGCGUCUUUGGCACACUGUGCACGCGCCGGACGAACGCUGCCGCGGGCACAUCGGGGGCACCGUACGCGCCGCGCACCAUGUGAUGGCCAUCGUUGUCGAGAGCGGCCUACUCUACCUUGUGGCGCAGCUCGUGCUCGUCGUACUCUUUGCGCUGGGGCACCCUGCGCAGGGUGUCGUGGCCGUCAUGGCCGUGCAGAUUUAA